GAAUAUUUGAAUCACGAGUUUCGUGUUGGUUAAUCAAUGUUACGCCUCUUUCUUCAAACUUCGUCAUGGGAUUUACUCCGACGGCAAUUCCAGCCAUUAUACUUAGAUUCGCUGAGACGCUACAACACCCUUGUCGUACACUCACCAUCCGUCUUCUUGUUCAUUAUGAUCUGAAAUUGGAUAUUGCCUUCAAACCUGUAACACCGCACAUUUUAAAAGGCGUCAUCUAUUAUCGUUUGAACGUUGCAGAUGAAGAGUUCGCAAAACAACGAAACGUAUAGCGAAUUCUUGGCAAAUAUUUCACUAGUGGUUGCAAAAGUGUCAGUGGCAGUUUAUCUUGUCAGACAAACACCAUCGAGUAUUUCAAGCUAUGAUUUUGUCAGAUUCCUUCAGAAUCAGUACAUGAGAAGGGAGGAGGAAAAAGAAGCACUUAUUAAUUUUUAUUUCUUAAAUGAAAAGCAGCAAAAUGAUCACAAUUCAAAUUGCGAAGUCAGCUUCAAAGUGAGAACUAGAACAACAGACCUCAGCACCUAUACAGCUUUUAAUUCAAGUCAGCUAAAGAUGACUAAAUUCAAUCUGCAGAACACAAUGGUACUUUCUACAAAUCAAACAGUUAAUCAAUUGAAAUAUUAUUUACAAGAAAUUUUAUCCUCAUCCUACAAUAUCCUUUUUCAUGCUUUUAGAAAAAAUUGUACGGAAGGAUUGGUUCCUUCAAGGAAACUGAAUACCUUCAUUAGUAUGAAACAAGAUGCAGAAUUUACAUUUUGUUUAUGGAUUAACAAAACAAUGGAGCUGUUAAACGAAAACCCGGAGAGUCUAAUUCAAUGUCUUGAUCUUUUAAGAAGAUUUUUUAUUUCCAAGGAUGUGUCUUCAGACUCAGACAGUAAUCUUUGGGAUUCAACAAUACUUGAAUUAAAUUUAAUCCUUUCCAGUUCGUUCAAAGCGCAUCUAAACACACUGUAUCGUACUAGUAUUGUCCAAUUUACCACUGAGUUUAUAGAUGAUGUAUUAAAAAUGCUCUGUGAAAAAUUUCAGACAUUAGUUUCAAAUCAUGGAAAAACACUCUUUCUUCAAGCUAGCAGGUGUGCCCAUAUAAUAUGGCUCUCCAUAAAUCUUUUAAAAUCUUUUGAUGAUGAUGAUCAAAUUUUCGACAGAAUACAAGCUUUUCGGUGGGUACAGAUUUUAGACAGAUGGCUUGAAUCACAACAACUAUCCACUAAUCAAGCAGAAAGGUUUCCAAUGGUUCAACUUACUGGAUUGAUGUUUACUAUAUUUGUUUUAAAAAAUAAAAUUAUCAGGCUUAUUGAAAAGUUUUAACAGACAAUAAUACUAGAGCACAUAAUGUUCAUUUGAUUAGUUAACUUCGUUAAAUAUUUAGUAGUGAAAUAAAAUAAAUUCACAUUUUUAUAAAGAUAAUAUUUAGAUCACUCAUGAAUGAUUUGUUUUUUCAAGUAAUAUCUGUUGCUUAUCAGUAAGUGUGAGGAAUAAAAUUUGUUGACUGAUAGAAUGAUGACAGGAAAAAGACCCUUCUCCAUGUAUUUCGUUUUUUUUUAACAAAAAGUCACGUCAUCAUUUUUUCAGAAAUGUUUUCUACAACAUAGAGAAAAAUUUUCAUCUAAUCUUCUGACUUUAAUAUAACUAACCAUCUUAAGAAUACUUAUAAUACAGUCGGUAUUUUUAGUAGUUUAUUAAAACAAGUUAAAAGUUUUGUAUGUAACUAAUAAUGGUGCAAUAAAUAACAAGAUUUUGAAAGGAUAAUGAUAUACAGUCCAAGUGGAAGAUUUUUGUGUUUUCAAAUAUGAAGAUGUCUAAAUACUGAAAGUUUAUUUGUAAAAACCCAUUUUUAGUGAUUUCUUUCUUUGAGCAAGUAGUGUGUUUGUGAGAAUUUUAUCGUUCUAACAAAAUCAAGGUCGAAAGAAUAGGAACCAGGUCAUUUGUGAGGAAAUUGGGAUAGGUAACUGCGAUGUGAAAUUUGUCCUGGUAAUAUUGUUUAGAAGGACGAUGAAAGUUUUACGACUAAACCACUCAGCUCAGAAAGCAAAACUCUAUAAAAAUAAAGUGUUCUCCAAAGGAUAGUUUACCUCAAACUAUAGAUGUUGGUAUUGCCCGUGAAUAUCAAAAUAAUCAAUAUUUUUAUCUGAAUAAAACGAAAAUUGGUGGGAUUCCAGUCUUCUUAUCAAUCAUUUCCAUGUAAUUCUAUAUCGUAAACGUUUUAUCCGCUAUUACGGUGAAGUAUGUAGCCUUAGUUACAGUCUUAUUAUAUUUGCAAACCAUCACAUGAACUUAUCAAAAGGCUGGGGUUGGGGAAUACUGUUCGGCGGCCUAUGCUCCAUUGGGA